AUGGAUACCACUCCUUUGUUUACUUACCCUGCGAACAGUGGUUUCUCUGGGCCAGACGCUACGCUAUGCACCAAUAUGUGUCUUAGCACAGUAAUACUGUUAGGUGUAGUAAGUGUAGUACCUGUAGUGGGUGUGGAGAAACCACUGCUCGCAGGGUAAGAAUUUCUUCAGGUUUGUUAAAAAAAACACACACACAGACACAUCAUGCGCGUUUUUGUUUUGUUUUGUUUAUGAAGGCAGGUAAUAGGACAUAGAUGAAGUUACAUAUAGACGAAGAAUAAAUACUGAAUUAAUAACUGAUAAUUGCCAUUGAAUAUUCUCAACCAAUACAACGCUUUUUACUACCUAAUUAGCCUAGAUCAAAGCGAUAAAUAUAAAGCUCACUGAAGUUCAGGAGCAAGUGUGGGAAAUCAAGGAAAACCAUCGCGCCGUCUCUGGGAAAGAUCAAUGUUUGGCAGUUUUCACAGUCCUACAAAUGUUGUUUUCGUUGUUCUUAAAUCGCACGAGAGAGAAAGAGCGAGAUGACAUCCAUGUUCUAAGAAGAUUACUCACACACAAAGAUUGUCAUUUCCAGCAACAAUACGCCCAAAUACUGGAGAAUGUUCGGUGCGUACGCCACUGCACGGACACCCGGUGCGACAGGCGCGCGGCGUCAAGAUGGAGCUCAAGUUUUGUUUUGAGUGACUGAUGUUCCUUGAGAACGAGAGUUCUCGUUCCGUCUUGUGGUAAGCUAAAUUCGCGCACGUUCUCCGAGGAAAGUGGUACAGAUUUCCCCCAGGAUGAGAGAAAUGCACGUGUUAGUUGA